AUGACCAAGGUAGUGGGAGGCCUACCGCGUUUACUAGCCCUGGGUGUGUUUUUCCACGCUCUGUACGUGCUGAGCAUCUUCGACAUUUACUUCACGUCUCCUGUGGUGCCACACGUCGAGAGUGUGGUGUACACGGACUCCCCACCAGCCAAGCGCGUCGUGGUGUUCGUUGCCGACGGUUGUAGAGCAGACAACUGGGGCGUCUCACACACGCGUGUGCCAACUGAGAGCCGUCCUGGCCACGUGGCGCUCUUCGCCGGUAUGUACGAGGACGUCAGCGCUGUGACGAAAGGCUGGGCUGACAACCCCGUGGACUUUGACUCCGUGUUCAACCAAAGCAGCUCCGCCUUCCUCUUCGGUAGUCCGGAUAUCGUCCCGAUGUUCGCUCGUCAUGUGCCACAAGCACUUGAAGAGCAUUAUUCCCAUGAAGAAGAAGACUUUGCCAAAGGAGACGCGUCUGAAUUGGACGUUUGGGUCUUCCGCCAUUUCCAAAACCUACUGCAUGGUGCAAAAGAAGACGCAAAACUGCAUACAAAGCUCCAUAGUGACGGAGUGGUGAUUUUUUGUCACUAUUUGGGCAUUGACUCCAAUGGCCACGCCCAUCGACCCAAUUCCAAGGACUAUUUGAACAAUAUUGCGCUCGUAGAUGAGCUAGUCGAGAAGACUUAUCGCAUGGUCGAGGAUUUCUACGACUACGAUGGACGGACAGCCUACGUGUUCACUGCAGAUCACGGUAUGGGGCUGAAAGGAGCUCAUGGAGACGGAGAUCCAGCCAAUACACGCACUCCGUUGGUAGUGUGGGGGGCAGGUGUCCAAGGACCCGUGACAGUGGAGAAGACAGGAGCGUUUAGUAUCGAUCUACCCACACAGUCUCGAGCGCAAGUUAAGGCUCAAUUACAGGCACAGGAGGAACAGGAGCAAGCAGCAGUGGGAGACUGGGGCGCUCUCAAUACUUUGGUGCGCAAAGACGUGAUGCAGGCUGAUGUGGCGCCGCUUAUUAGUGCGCUACUAGGUCUACCGUAUCCACGUAACUCAGUUGGAGUCCUGCCCUUCUCGUACCUCGCAAAGGGAGCCUACCGAGCCAAUGCAGUGCGAUCUAACGCACAGCAAUUGUACCUGCAUGCGCUGCGUAAGGAACAGGAGAAACGGUCACGUACAUUGCUGCGAUUUGUACCGUAUGGACCUUUUCGUGACCGAGUUCCCGAGCUCUUGACGCAACUAGCGGACGCGUAUAAGAAGAGUAUUGAGAGUGAGAACUCGGAGUCGUAUGAAGGCGUGGAACAGCUGAGUCAGGAGCUGAUUAAGAUCUGUUUGGCGACUUUGGAGUAUUUCCAGCGAUACGACUGGUUCUUCCUGCUUGGUAUCGUCGUCCUGGGGUAUUUGGGAUGGCUGCUUGUGGUUGGAGUGGCGUAUCUGCAUCCACGAGACUUCAGUAUGAAGUGGCUGCUUGGUGCGGGUGGCCAACAGCUGGACAUCAAGUUGGUCGUGCUGGUGUUUGCAGCGUUCGUGUACUUGGCUCUCGAGGGCUCACCGACGACGUACUACCUGUAUCUGCUGUUUCCAUUAGUUUUCGGAGUAUUCACGUGGAAUCAUCGUGGUCUAAUACAACAAGCCUGGGUGUCUGGGUCAAGUGGGAAGCAAUCCAAGUCGCGCUUGAAACGAUGGGCGGAGAUCGCACUCAUCUUGCUGUGCCUGGAGCUUGUGGUGGCUGGAUACGAACGUCGAGAGAUUUUCGGAGUGCUUUUCUCACUACUUGCUCGGUCUUGGACAGUCAGCUGUCUUGUCAUCUCUGUGUUCCCGUACUUGCCUAGUGAGUAUGGAGAGCAUACGGCCUGGAAGAGCUCCUCUUUCGUCCUCAGUGCGUCGCCUUUGGUGCUGUCACUGUUGACUUUGAAUGGCACUAUGCAGUAUCUGGACGGCGAUCGAAGCAAGCCGCCAUUCUACCUCACUGUAGCCAACUGGCUGCUAUCUGGCACUCCAAUUCUACUGCUUAUAGGGAGAUUACAACGACGCAAGAGCAGUCUAUCGCGUGCCUUGGAAACCGGUACCGACCGUCAUGCUGAACAACGUCUCCACGGACUGUAUACUAGACGUCUUCUCGAAGUGAUGCUAGCGUUUGCGCCGUCGUUCGUCUUACUGAGUAUCGCGUACGAGGUUUUAUUCUACGUGGCUCUCUGCGCUGUUCUCGUGAGCUGGUUACAACUGGAGGCUCAGGCUUCGCUAGCAUCUUCAUCUUCAAUGUGGCGAGAGAUUCAGCAAGCGUUUGUCUUUUUGCUACUGGUGAACAUCGCGUUCUUCGGCACGGGUAACGUGGCCAGCAUGAGCAGCUUUGAGAUCUCGUCUACGUACCGCUUCGUUACGGUGUUCGCUCCUUUCACGAUGGGUGCGCUACUGGUGGGCAAGAUCCUCAUCCCGUUCAUGCUGGUGGCCAGUACAUUCCAUCUCAUUCUACUGCUUCCAUCGGCUGCAUCAGCAGUUGAGACCACCAAGCCUAGACUACCUGCUACACGCUACUUCCUUCUAGUUGUAGCCAUGUCGGACGUACUUGCACUCCAUUUUUUGUUCCUCGUCAAGAAUGAAGGCAGCUGGAAGGAGAUCGGCAACUCGAUAUCCAUGUUUGGCAUCGUGAACGCGCAGAUCGUGUUCAUCCCGCUGCUGUUUCUGCUGGCUCGAGCUUUCGUCCGAGAUCUGACGCCAGCUACUGCAUUCGAUGUUCAACGUCUUAACGAUAAAAAAAAACAAUAG